AUGUCGCACACGGAAGAAGUGGACCUCCUCAGCAUUGAUGACCCGGUUUCAGCGCUCGAAUUCCUUGGCCACACUGCUAGUUACUUCCAUGCGCUCUGCUUCACCAAGUACACCGCCCCUACCAAGCCGCAACCGCACAGCGAGCAUCUCGCAAUAGAGUACCGACUACAACUUUACCUUGCUUCAAAUAUUGUUAUGGAUGCACUCAAAAAUCAAAUUGUCAUCAAUGAAACCUUCGAAAAUCUCUUAGCACAGGCGAAGAACCCGCAGCACAGGGUCGAUCCCGAAUUCCCUCCCAAAGAAGAUGGAGUCAGCCAGCUAGUCAGCGGGCCAGCCCACGUUUGCGAUCGCAACGGUCGUCUCCUUUUCCUCCACCUUCCGCGCGUCCUGACCGCUGUACAACUUGAUAUAGUGGAGGAGGCAUGUAGGGACCUCGUCAAUGCCCCCCAUUCAAAGAUGGAGGUAAAGACGGACGGGUCCUGGAGGAGUCAGGCCAAGUAUUUUAAAGACACAUCCACGUCCGAAUUUACACCUGGCGUGCUCAGCCUCUCCCCCUGUUGGUUCAUGCAAAAUCACCCACCACCGAAGCAUAAGCCCAUGGUUUCCGCUUCCAUCCGCCGACGCGACGGAAAGGACGGUGGGAUUCCGUUCGUGAGGGCGAUGCGGGAGGCGUUUAGUCUUAUUGGAGCGGUCCUAUACGUUCUGAAUCCCUCGCAAUACGAACAAGGCGUAGAAACGUGGCAGAAGCUGGCGGCGACCAAUUGCGAAGGUUCCGCUCCGAAAUGCGCCGAGCUUAUGGCUGGGGUGUUGAGGAUCUGGGCGUCCCCGUUUACGGUCACCCAGGUCAUCUCAAACCGUGAAACACCCUUCCAUUUUGACACACUCGGAAACCCUAAUUGGUACGAUUGUCUUCUUACCGUCGGGAGAUACGGAGGGGGCAGAUUAGAGUUGAAAAGGGUCGGCCGCCACUUUAGAUACGAGCGGGGAACUAUGGCCUUCAUUCUUAGCCAGGUUCUUGAGCACGGUGUUGCUGAGGUUGACGGUGAAAGGAUCUGUCUCGCGAGCUUUAUGAGGCCCGAGGUGUUGAAGUACAUCCUGGAGUGGCGCGCGCAUGCCAGUCGACCUGAGACGGUCCAUAGUAUUGAGGAGCGGUUGGGGGUACCAGAGGCGGAAAGACGUGGUAUUUAG